AUGGCUUUGGCACCGAGACAUCUGAGAUUGGCCAUGCUGCAGCAACAACUCGCACAAGCCCGGCUUCAACAUGACGUUAUCUUGGCGGCGUUGUUAGAAGAAGCAGAACGAGAGCGACAAAGAUCCCCAAGACGAAAAAGAAGGUGUUGGGUCCGAGACUGGAUCUUGAAAAAAGCCCUGUUUGGGCAUUACGAAACUCUUAUGAGGAAGCUCAUAAGCGGUAAUCGAGCGAUCAAGAUUAAACAAAUUGAGCAGUGUCUCAGGUUACUAGUAGGAAAUGACGAAAUACAUACUAUAGCGACUAAACAUCUGACGAGGAAAAGUUCGGCGCUUUACUUCAGAUUGGUUCAGUACAGCGCGAAGCAGCACUCUGUGGAUGAAGCCCAUAGUUUGCUGGUCUGUCCACCCUAUUGGGAUCAACAGGAAGGAGUUGAUGAGGUAUGGAGAUCUUCUGUGACAGGACACGACGAAUUAAUUGCUGUCACGGAUAUUGGAAUGGAUGUUCAUCAUCCGGAGCUCUACCCGAACAUAUCAUGGGAACGGCUGUGGUUCUGUUAUUGCUGUUGUGAGAGGAAACAGUCUUUGCAGCGCUGGUGUUGCUCCGGGUGCAAAAAUUGUCCCUUUAAAACUUGGCAAGGUGGUGAAGUUUAUGUGGGAUAGACCAGUUGUAUUUGAUGAUAGUCUGUCGAAAGCCUUGGCGUAUAGACACGACCAAAUCGACAUAUAUUCCAACAGCUGGGACUUUGGCAGGUCUUU